GGAGUGGUAAAAGUAGCUUUCCCUGAAACAGUCAAGUCAGUUGCACUAAAGUUAGUGCGUUCACAUAAAACUUUGUUGUGUGUGGGUUUGAGGGACAGCGCCGCGGGAAGACCACUGUAAAUUUGAUCACAUUUGUAUACAGCGGAGCUCCUGGAACCCCCCCUCCCCCAAAGAGCUGUUCUGUUCUGUACCCCAAGAUGGAGAUUGCUGCUGCACUAUUACUGCUGCUGGUCAACGUGGUGACUGCAGAAUCUCCAUUCUGUGAACCCAUGGAGGUUGUGGGCAGGAGGAGCGCGUGGAUCAGCGUGGAGCGGAACAUGGGACCUGGCUGCUGGUCCAGAUUUCUCUCUAACCAGAGCAGAGAAGUGCACAUCUUAAACCUGCAGAACCCUGGGAUAAUUUCAGUGAACUUGACCGCUGCCAGACCAGCUGACCUCAUCAUCGACUGCGGUUCAAACACUUUUGUCUAUUUAAGUGAAAACAAAAACGUCACAGCCUACAGCUCAAGCAAAUGUAAAGUUCAUGGGAAGAAGCCAUUUCCUUUUGAUGCAGAGGAUGUCCUGGCGGGGACCAUGGAGAAGUUUGGGGGCGUGACAUCAUUCACCACCCUCACAGACGCGCGGCAAAUCACCUUCACUGGAGGAACAGCACCAGAAGGAAGCUCUGUGAAUUGUACCCAAAAAAGCAGUUUUUUCCCCGAAGACUACGUCCUGGAGUAUGACUCCUCGUCUGUCAUGUGGUUCUGCUCCCCUAAAAACCUGUCCGAAAAAGAGGUGCACGUCAUCAACAUCCCGGAGAAUGUGAAUAUCCAAGAUGUUUCCAUCAGAGUCUUUUCUGAGAAGAGGACCACCUUAUUCCUGAGAGGCCCAGAGGGAACGAAGUGGACCAUAGAGGACUCUCCUGAUACUUUUAGGUUUAGUUCAAACAACCAGGUCAAUUUUCAUGGCUACUUGGUUCCACCGACGCUACACUAUGAGCCAGACAAUGCCCAGUUCUGGAAGCAAGUGCAAGAGACAGCCCACGCCAUCACCAGCUACACAGAGAUCAGGGGCGGAGGGUCGUCCCUCAGGCUGGACAUCAGGAUGGGAAACAGACCAGCAUCAGAACCCCGAACCACAGUGGCAGAGCUGGAAGCAAAUCCCACCCCCCGCAGCCCUGAGCCCCGCCCUCUGCUGCUCCAGCUGUUCGACACGUCAAACCCCCAUUCUCCACUCGGCCCCUCCGCCCAGAUCCAGCCCGGCCGCAAGAUAUAUGCCAACAUUUCCAGUCAGAGUGUGCCCUUCCAGACGUUCGGAGUCACCGGUUGCCGGAUGCGGUCCUGGAGCUCCUGCUCGGCAAUGCGGGAGCUGGACGUCAUGAUGGAACGCUGCACUCCCUUCUCCUGUCUGAUCAGCCUCUCCUUUCCGCUGAUCCAGGAUCAGCCACAGGACCAGCCCUCCGCCUGCUGGGUCCUGGAGUGCUCCGUGCAGUUCUGUUUGGACGCACGAGAGCAAAUGGUCUGUGAAGAAGGAAACGUGCACAGAAAUGUGGAGGUGCUCAGAUCGCCUUCUGUGCCAUGUUUGGACUUUGAUCUCUCGGCUGUGCUUGGCAUCGCAUUUGGCGGGUUCCUGAUUGGCGUUGUACUCACAGGAGCUUUGUGGUUCAUCCAGGUGCGCACAGGACGCUCACGCUCCGUGAACAAGCCCCUCCCAGUGCCUGCUAACUCCGCCUCCUGCGGGGACAGCAGCGCCAGCCCCAGCAUCGGCAGCACAAAGAGCACGCCCACCAGCAGCAUGGCCUAGCGGGAGGAGCCAGAGUCACCACGGUGCAUUCUGCUGGCAGUGCUUUUGGGCGUUUUACCAUAUAGACAUGUACUGUUUCCCAUAUAGACCCUCACACGUAACGCACAUGCGUGCUCACAUGUACACACAUGCACACACACACACGUACACACACACGUACACACGCAUGUGCUUCCAUCCCAGAAAGGACCAUUGAGGACCUGAGCUCCCAGCAACAGGAAAAACACAGGAAAAACCCCCCAAGAACUAACAGGAAAUUCACCGCAUUCUUCUGACAUAAAACAUGUCGCACCGGUGGCUGGACAAUGAGAUUCCGUCUGGAGAAAAAAAAGGACUUUAUUUAACAUCAUCAGAGGCGCUGUUUUCCUUCUCUGUAGCCUCAGAAGCCGGACGUGGGAGGCGCAAGACCCCAGACCCAGUGGGGUGCGAGCUCUGACCCAGGCAAAGGAGAGCACUCAGAGUCCAAUCUCAGCAGCUGUUUUUGGGGAGGCCAGUGGCCCUUCACGAAAUGCUGGUGCUUAGCAACAUCCUCGGUUCCUUGUGAUGAAUUGACAUUUUCCCAUGCAUUAACAAAGUGGUCUUUUGUAUUUAAGAGGAAGAUUCUACCUCUUGACUUAUGCACAAUACUGUGAAGCAUUUGACUAACUAGAAAGAGAGGGGGUAGAUUAACAGGCAGUGAACACAUAAACUGGAAAAAACAAUGUGGAGUCACUAAAUAGGGUAAUGAGCCACCACAUGAAACCAGUAUGGUCUGUACGCACUAAAUCAGAGGUGGUAAACUCCAGUCCUGGAGGGCCGCAGUGUCUGGUUGUUUUCUGGGUGUUCUCAGCACCAGUGCUUCAGUAACCGCAAAGAUUUGCGGCCACUGAGGCCCCCUGGGAAUUUAGUUUGACACCCCUGCACUAAAUACAAAUAGUGCUCCCCGGGAAAGUCGAUCAACUUUAGCUGAGAUGGUGGCGGAGGAAAACGUCACCUCAGGACAUCCCAUGAAUACUCAAUUUGGUUCAGAUCUGAGACGGCAGUGAUGUGUGGAUAAUAGCAUGACAAAAAUCAGUAUGACCUCUUGAUAAAUGAUUUCUCUCAGUAUGUAUUGUAGAAAGGUGAAAUUCGAGGCAAAACCCUUGAUUUGUUCUCCCUAAGGGGCAGAUAAAUAUCUGGAACUUAUAGUGUGAUGUCACAUCAUCUACAGAACUCGUAUUUGGCUUUGGAAAAAGGAAAUACUGCACAAAUCAAGAACAUAGGACCUGGGGUGUGUUUUUUUGUAUCACUAAUAUGAAAAUUGUUAGGAGGGUUUUAGCCUGAAAAAUGUCCUUUAAAUGAAUAACUUUCUUACAGUGCAACAUUACGAAAUGACUAUGUUGUAUUUUAAUUUUUUUGUUUACUAUUUGAAAGUCUAUACCAGGUGCAAUGUUGAAAGCAGCCAUUUAUAGUCUAAUGAGCUAAGUUGUGUUUUGUGGCUCUGUUCCUUUUAGUGCUAACCUGCUCCGUGCCAUUAGGGCCCAUGUUUUUUCAGUGUUGGUUUAACGGCUUACAUGAGUGCUCUGUCUCCUUAGAGAAACAGACUCCCUUCCUCUAUAAGCGCAUCCCAUAAUAUAAACCACAUAUAAAAGAUGAAAGCCCUGAGGGCCCCAGGUUUACACACUCACACACACACACACACACACACACACACACACGUGCAUACAGACACAGCAGAAUUCCCAGUAUACAACUGGGAAUUCCCAGUAUGACAGAGUGCAUUUACAGUACAGUAACACUGAAGAUUUUAGUGAGUAUAACUUUUCAGGUAAUUCCACGCACCCAGAUAGACACACACGCAUGCACACACACACACACACACACACACAGAGGUAUGUUUGCCGUUAGUCCGUAGCUCUGAAGAGUGUGCCUGAUGUGUUAAAACGUAGUCAAACGCUGCAGGAAGGCGAUGUAUUGAUGUUAAAAUCCUUGUGUGCGUUAGGAGGUCAGCUUACGGGAGGCCGGCGGUUUAACCGUUUUGAUGUUAUAUAAUUAGAGUCCCUAUUUUGUGGUCGACCACAUUAGAGGUUGUCCUCUUUAAAAGAAGAAUAUACUAAGAAAAAACAUUUUUGUUAACAGAAUGACAUUCAAGCAGAUAUAUUUUCUUUUCUUCUGUAUGUCUGUUUUUUUAUGAGGAAUUGAUGUACCAUUUGGCCCUAAACCAAGUCCUGUGUGGCUCUAAAAGGCCAUACUGUUUGGAUUUAGGAAAGUCAACACAGUGUAACUUAGGCAUACUAUGCAGGAUUUUUUUUGCCUUGCUGUGGUCCUGUGUUUGCAAACAAAGAAGUCUCCUCCUCUGUCUUCCGAUUUUCCGCUGAAAUCUCAUUGCAAACCACGGGUUCUGUAACCACACCCACCCUUCCCCACACUGAAAAAAGAAUACUAUGCCCAGAAGUGUCCCAAACACAUUUUUAAAGAACAAACACAGGUAAAGGUGCGUAAAGACAGAGAUUCCUGGUUCAUCAUAGAUAUGCCUUGGAUAUUUUACAAAAUAUGAUAAUCAAGGUAAAAACCCUGCAUAGUAUGCCUGUAAUAUGCAUUAUACCUGUCCUUUGUCUUUGGAUAAAGUGAAAGUGAAUGUAUCUCAGAAUGUUUGUGUGUGUGUGUGUGUGUGUGUGUGUGUGUGUGUGUGCGCACUCGUGCACAUACAUGUGUAUAUGAAUGAGAGAACUGUGUUUGAAAAUAAUGGGGUAAAAAUAGGAAAAAUGCCACUUGAGUAUUUUGUGCAAUAUCGUGAAGCAUAUAGGUUCAUAUGUCAACUUAAAGUUUCUUGUAAAAGUAAAGGUCUUUAUAUAGUACAUUUUUUAUACAUUCUUAUAUAUUUACUGUAAUAUAUCAUCCAAUAUACCUAUCAGCAAACAGUAGAACAAUGAAAAGCCUGUUAAGCUCUUAAAAGUGUUUAAAUCCAUAUCUCAACCCUGUGGGUUUUAGUUGGUUCAAGAAUUCUCAUAUUUUUUUAUAUACAUACACUUGAACAUACAGGCAUUUAUAAGCAGAAUAAAGUGUUCUGAUUUCCAUAAUAUCA